AUGAGGCUGCUUUAUGUCUAUCCAACCCCUUCGAAGCUUUUGCAUGCUUUAAUUGUGGAGCAUAGUAAUUCGGUUUCUCCUACUGAUGAACCUCAGCCUAAGAAGGGCAUGAACUUAUCUGCAAGUCUACAGGGACUAUUCGACCCGAUUGCUGCAAGUGCGGAUGACAGUUAUCAUGUUCGCAAAGCACGGAUAAAUGGAAAGCGUGCACAUUAUCACGUUGCAGGGAGUUAUGGAAAUGAAACAGAGGGCCAGCUUAACAAAUAUCCAUUCUCUCCUAAUGAUAGAUACCAGGCAAAUGACAUCUACUUGGGUACAUGCUUGAAGGACAGAAGCAGUGCCAUGGUGAGUCAGUGGAUCCUGAACUUUUGUUUACACAAGAAGUGGUCUAUUGGGCGUUGCAACAGAUUUAUGCAUGAUGAUGAAGGGAAGCUGCAACUUGAAGAUGUUUGCUCAUAUGUUUCAUACAACAAAAGAGGUUAUCUUCAGGAACUUUGGAACAUUCCUUUGGAUUCAUGUGUUGAUGCGUCAACUUUGCUUGUCCUGAACAAUGGGAUGAUAAACAUAUUUAUUGGGUCCCAUUCACAUUUAUUUCUCUGCAUCGAUGGUUGCAAUGGUUCAGUGAGGUGGAGUGUCAAAUUGGAAGGACGUGUGGAGUGUUCUGCUGCUAUUACUGGUGAUUUUUCAGAGGUUGUGGUUGGAUGUUAUAAAGGGAAAAUUUACUUUCAUGAUAUGUUGACUGGCAAACUAUCUUGGACAGUUCAAACAGAUGGAGAGGUAAAAAUGCAACCAGUUGUUGACAGGACAAGGAAUUUAAUAUGGUGUGGCUCUUAUGAUCAUCAUUUAUAUGCACUAAAUUACAAAGAUUGUUGCUGCGCUUAUAAAGUAUCUUGUGGUGGAAGCAUCUAUGGUUCUCCUGCUGUGGACAUGGCACAUGACAGGAUCUAUGUUGCUUGUACGAGUGGCCUUGUAACUGCAAUAUCCCUUGAGGUUCCAUCAUUCAGAAUAGUUUGGCAAUAUGAAGCUGGGGCAGCAAUUUUCAGUUCUCUUGCCAUCGAUCAUCAAAGUGGAAAUGGUAAUUUUUGUUGCUUGGUGAACGGUUUGGUGAUCGCAUUGAACUCACAUGGCACUGUUGUCUGGAAGGCAACUGUUGGUGGUCCUAUUUUUGCUGGUGCAUGUGUGUCAUCUGCCCUUCCUUCUCAGGUGCUGAUACCUUCCCGUGAUGGAAGUUUGUACUCUUUUGAUAUUACAUCUGGUGAUCUUCUUUGGUCAUAUGACGUCAGCGACCCAAUUACUGCAUCUGCUUUUGUUGAUGAAGUGUUAGCAUCAACGCCAUCUGGAGCUUCAGAGAGAUUUGCUUGUAUCUGCACAAGUUCUGGGAAGGUCCGUGUCCUUGGGAUUAGAGCUGAUGCUGAGCAGGGGAAAGAUGGUUACUCUGUGCAAGAGUUUGCAGCCAUGGAUCUUCCUGGGGACAUCUUCUCGUCACCCUUGAUGGUGGGCGGGCGCAUCUUUGUUGGCUGCAGAGAUGAUCGGCUACAUUGUCUCUCAAUCACCUCACAUCCAUAA